AUGCACGUCCACAAGGGCGUUCUGAUUGAAUGUGACGCUGCAAUCAAGCAGUUCCUCUUGCAUCUCGACUCGCAGCAGCCGUCCGAGACGAGGUUUAUCAUCGCCGACGUGGAUGAAACGCACCUGUUUGUCGAUCCGCCGUCGCUGCCAAUGCUGCAGACAAAGCUUGAUGAAAUGCUGGACAAGAACAACUUUACCCCAAAGCUCGAGAACACGCCAGCAGCGAGCGCGGCAAAGUCGUCAUAA